AAUUAAACAUUGACAUUCUAAUUCGAAAUUGGGUGUUGAAUUUCGAUGUUAUAAAUUUUCGUCUACUUGCAAAAUUGUUCAGAAUAAACGUGGAGCUUGCCUUAAAUACUUAUUCUGGGGCAGCUAUAUAUUAAAUAGUACUGCUAAGCUAUGAAGUUCUUAACGACUCUAAAUGACAUACCUGAGCUAACCCAGCCAAAUGUUCAUAUCAAGGAUAAGGAAGGUCUUUUGGAGAAAAUCAACAGGAUCUUGAAAGAUGGACAUAGCAAGUUGCAAAUUGUAACCGAUUUUGACCACACUUUAACUAGACACCAGAUGGACAGUGGAAAAAUCGUUCUAACUAGUUUUGGUAUGUUUAAAGAUUGUCCUUCGGUGCCUCAAAUAUAUAAGGAUGAAGAUAAUAGGCUCUCUGGUAUAUAUAAGCCAAUUGAAGUGGACCAUAUUAUGACUGUAGAAGAGAAAACAAAACAUAUGAUCGACUGGUACAUUGCAGCACAUAAAUUAUUAAUAGGAAUGAAGUUUCCCAAGCAAGAGCUCAAAGAAAUCAGCAGGAAUAUGGUGCAAUGUUUUCGGACUGGUGUUAAAGAUCUGAUAUCGUAUAGUGAAGCCCACUUCAUCCCGGUCUUGGUAUUCUCAGCUGGACUAGGAGAAUGUGUGGUUGCUGCGAUGGAGGCUGCUAACUUCCUGCUACCUCACGUUAAGGUUAUAUCAAACUUCUUGGAUAUAGACGAAAAUGACACAAUAUUGGGAAUAAAAGGUGAAGUAAUUCACACAUACAACAAAAAUGAGGCCGCUAUCAAGAACACUGAGUAUUAUGAGAUGGUUAAGGAGAGAAACAACGUCAUUCUGAUGGGAGACAACAUCGGGGAUGCCGGGAUGGCAGAGGGGAUGGACCACUGUGACGUCAUCAUUAAAGUGGGAUUCCUCGGGAGGAAUGUGGAGGGAAAUCUCCAGAACUAUUUAAAUAAGUUUGAUAUUGUUCUCGUUAAUGACCACACUGUGAACGUGGUUAACGCCAUAUUGAAACUAAUGCUGUGAUUUUUUCAGAUUUUUUUUACAGAUAUACGCAUAUCAUUACUGACGGGAAAUUGUUGCGUGCUAUUUACUAAAUAUUUUUACUUUUAUAGUAUUAAGUCCAUAGGACGUUAUUUUGUUUUCAUUAAAGAUAUUUAUCAUUUGUUUUGGUAUGAAGAAUAUUCAUGGUUAUUUAUAUUUUAUUUUACACUAUGUUGACUUGAAAAUCUGAUAAAAACCGAAAAAUAUAUAAUAAUAAAAAAAGAAACAAGUAAUUGUUGAGUAACUUUAAUUAAUGAUAAUGCUCCUUUGAGAAUUUAAAAAUACUGCCGAUUUUUAAUUGUAUAUAAGCAAUUCUAUAUCUUUUUAAUCUAGCUAUAUAAUGUACAAAUACAGGUUGAGUGUUUGUAUUCAAAGCCAAAUAUAGCCAAAGGGUUCAUUAGUUCAAGUAUUACCUCUGAGAUUUUUUAAACAGAUAUAAAAAAUAAACAAUAAAUUAAAAAGCAUAUUGUCAAUGAUUGGAGCUGGAUUUUGCAGUUUUCAUUCAUCUUAUUCAGCUGUUUUAGUUUUUAAAUUGUUGUACUUUAUAGGUUCAUGAUUUUUUGUAUAUAAGUAUCUUGAAUUAUAGUAAAUUUUAGAUUAUUAUAUGUAUAUUUUAUUAAAAAUUACAUUACAUUAAUGAUUGUUUUUCUAUUCACUCAAAGGUAAUACGGACCCACGUUUAUAGUAAUUCAUAGAAACGUUCAAGUCUAUGAAUUUGGGUUCUAAUAUACAUUAGUUGACAUAUGAUGAUAAAUAAAACAACUUUAAAAAAUUAAA